AGCGCGAGUCAGCAGCUGUUCGGACUGCGCGUGUGAGAAAGUCCUGCUUUACGAUCGGCUCAUUUCGGAAGCUGUUCGUUUCCGAUCGUGCCAGGCGGACUGAUCGUGGAGGGUUAUGAUGAUGAUGAUGAUGAUAAUAAUAAUGCAACAAUGUAUUAUACUGUGAUCGUUUUGUGCACGGCACGGCGGGGCGCUGAGUGAGCGAGUCCGGGAGAGCCGCUCGGGUUUGUUAUGGGUGAUGUAGACUAUGUGGAGUAGCUAUGGAUCGCGCGAUCGGAGAGCUGAAUCCACCAGAUCCUGAUCUGAUGUGUGAGCAAUGUUGACAGAUGAUCGGCAGGACCAUGGCUGAGCGGGCCAGCAAAUUCGUGCUGAUCGUGGUGGGCUCGGUGUUUUUCAUGCUUAUUCUGUACCAGUAUGUUGCACCGGGCGCGAUCAACUUCGGUUUCCCGGCGCAUGGCUACAUAGAGGAGGACAUGACCAUAUUCCCCACGCCGGAUCCACACUAUGUCAAGAAGUACUUCUUCCCUGUGAAGGACCUGGAACGGAGCGUGGACUUCGAGAUCAAGGGAGAGGACGUGAUAGUUUUCCUGCACAUCCAGAAAACCGGGGGGACCACGUUCGGACGGCACCUGGUGCAGAACGUGCGACUGGAGGUACCGUGCGAUUGCAGGCCCGGUCAGAAGAAGUGCACUUGUUACCGUCCGAACCGAAAGGAGACUUGGCUCUUCUCGCGCUUUUCUACCGGCUGGAGUUGCGGUUUACACGCCGACUGGACUGAACUGACCAACUGCGUGCCUGGAGUGCUCAAUAAAAAAGAGAGCAAAACAAAGAAACUCAGAAAGUUCUAUUACAUCACCCUGCUGCGGGACCCUGUAUCACGCUACCUGAGCGAAUGGCGCCACGUCCAGCGCGGAGCCACGUGGAAGACGUCCUUGCACAUGUGCGACGGCCGGACCCCGACGCCCGAGGAGCUUCCCUCCUGCUACGAGGGAGUCGACUGGUCAGGCUGCACCCUACAGCAGUUCAUGGAGUGCCCUUACAACCUGGCCAACAACCGGCAAGUGCGCAUGCUGGCCGAUUUAAGUUUGGUGGGUUGCUACAAUGCAUCGACUUUGCCCGAGAAGCAGCGGGCGCGUCUGUUGCUCGAGUCGGCCAAGAAGAACCUGCGUGACAUGGCCUUCUACGGGCUGACCGAGUUCCAGCGCAAGACGCAGUACCUGUUCGAGCGCACGUUCCGGCUCCGCUUCAUCCGACCGUUCGUACAGUUCAACAGCACCCGUGCCGCCGGGGUGGAUUUGGAUGAGGGGACCAUUCGGCGCAUCGAGGAGCUGAAUGAGCUCGAUAUGCUGCUGUAUGACUAUGCCAAGGACUUGUUUCAACAGCGCUACCAGUACACGCACAUGCUGGAGAGACGCGAACAAAGAAUGAUGCUCAGAAACAGAGCUAUUUUUUAUAACCAGGCGAGGGAGGAUGGUGCAAGGGGAGAGGGCACGGUACGACUGCCCACUGAGGACUACAUGAACCAGAUUGUUAGUGGAUGGUAGCCCAGGACAGCGGUCUUUAAAGAAAGAGACAAACAAUAGGUGAGGUGAAGUAGGUGGACAUGCCAUUUUUCUUCAGUUAUGGAGAAUGUGAGGAAUUAUAAUUGACUCACCAGUGGGCCAGAGGUGGUCUUUUUCUAAAGAGGAAUUAUUAGGGACUCUUUUUUUCCUCCAGCGAAAGAUUCCAAGUAACAGAAAUGGUGGGUGAAGGAUGCAUUCCUUCUUUAGCUAAAAAGAGAGGAGUCAUUAUAGACUCUGGAAAUCCUCGCCAAAAUUGAUGACAAAAAAUGCCCCGUAAGACGGACCAUCUCUUUCCUCUGACAAAAUAGGAGCCAUUAUGGAUGCACUUUCUCCUUCCCGGACAAAUAAGACAUACGUCGGCUCUAGCCCGUGGUUAUCGAAAAUGGUCAUGGAGUUAAUUGGAGGCCACUUGCAAGCCUUUUCCUUCCGCCUUCUCAGAUGGGUAGUUGCAUACCCACUUUUUCUUUUUAAAACCCAGACAAAUACACACACCUUCCCUCGCAGACGAAAAUGACAAAAUUCUGAAACCUGCUCACUUAGCCAAUCAAGUGCAAUCAAGACGCAAUGCCAUAAUGCUUAGUUUUGUAUACGAACGAACAAGAAUUAUUAAAUAACCCAAUUCAGGAAAGUCAUCUGAAUGUUUUCUAGCCUGUGUAUAAAUCUUCAAUUGUAUUUCUUUUUUGUAAACUGAUGUGAAUUACAGAAUGACUGGAAAUUUCCAAGAGAUUAUUACUAACAGAUGCUGUGACUGAGUAUGUUUUUACAGAGAUAUACGUUAAUAUAUAAUACGGACAUGGCCUUGGCGCAUAUGUUUUUAUCGUUGUGCGUGCUGACCGGGCAGGAUGCUAAGAGUCCGUCCUGAGUCCAGCAUUUUACUCACUGGUAUGAAAAGCAAACGCGCUUCUGAUAACGAAAUAAUUGGCGACGUCAUGGUCACGUCUUCGUUUUUGACAGAUAGUCGGAGUAGGACGUUUUUUAUUUUCUGAGAAAAGCAUGAAGUUCUGCUCUAAACCUGUGUGAGUGUGUGAUUAACUGUGUGUAGCGGUGAGUCAGCCAGGGCCGUCACGGUAAACGUAAUUCUCCAAACGCUCGGUUACGAGAAAUCAUCCGGUGGAAUCCAGUAGUUUUAGGUAUUUGUUAAAACCAUCAGUGUGACAUACAGUGUUUUUAUCCUCAUACCUAAUCCUGGUUUUAAUUCUUAGUUAAAAAAAGAUUAUUUAUUAGUAAAACAGUUGCAAGAACAACUCCCUAAACAUAGGCCGUAGGAUUAAAAGGGGUUUUGUUUGGGCUGCCCAUUCAUAUUUACAAAAAAAUGACAGUGUAAGAUUGCAGUAAUACACCGAUCAGACAUAACAUUAUGACCACCUCCUUGUUUCUACACUGACUGUCCCUCUUCUUUAACGGUCAGGACCCCCAAAGGACCGCUACAGAGUAGGUAUUAUUUGGGUGGUGAGUCAUUCUCAGCACUGCAGUGACACUGACAUGGUGGUGGUGUGUUAGUGUGUGUUGUGCUGGUAUGAGUGGAUAAGACACAGCAAUGCUGCUGGAGUUUUUAAACACAUCACUGUCACUGCUGUACUGAGAAUAGUCCACCAACCACAAAUAUCCAGCUAACAGCGCCCCGUGGGCAGCGUCCUGUGACCACUGAUGAAGGUCUAGAAGAUGACCAACUUAAACAGCAGCAAUAGAUGAGCGAUCGUCUCUGACUUUACAUCUACAAGGUGGACCAACUAGGUAGGAGUGCCUAAUAGAGUGGACAGUGAGUGGACACAGUAUUUAAAAAACUCCAGCAGCGCUGCUGUGUCUGAUCCACUCAUACCAGCACAACACACACUAACAGUACAGUAAUUGUAGAACUAGAAAGUGCUUCUAUAUGGUAAGUGGAGCUGAUAAAAUGGACAGUGAGUGUAGAAACAAGGAGGGGGUUUUAAUAUUAUGGCUGAUCGGUGUAUAAUAAUAAUACGGUUCAAUUUUAAGAUAAAAUAAAGGGUAAUAAUAAGGACAUGGAAAUUAUUCUACUUGACACCCAUAACAACCAGAAGUCCAGUAAGAAAUCUCUGUCUAAGGUCUUAUACACCUUAAUAACAGACAUACCACAUGGUCUUACACAUAAAGUGAUCAGGAAAAUAUAUUUAUAAUGCUUUAAAUAUUUAUCAGUAAUAAUAAAUUAUUCCUAAGACUAGUUUGGAGGUGUUUUUACCACUGGAGGUUUCAUUUGAUCUGUAUUUGGAAAGUGUAUUUUGGACUCCGGAUAUUGGUUAAAGUACCAAUACUGUCUUCCAUACUGUCGGAGCCAAUCACCUUGAAAAAGCGGUGCAGGUUUUAAACCACCUCAAGUUAUACACUUCAUGGAUAAAAGUAUUGGGACACCCUUUCUGUUUUUUGAAUGCAUGUGUUUCGGCCACAGCAAUUACUAACAAGUGUAGUAAAUCAAUUAUAUAAAGGAAAUUUUAUGCAUACAGCUUAUGGCUCUUUUCCUGUCAGCAUGACUUUGUCCUUGUGCACAAAGCAAGCUCUAUAAAGACAUAAAGACAAUCUCCAUUUAAAGAAACCCCUAUGAUCUGCACAGAGCAUUGACUUCAGCCUCACUGAGCAGCUUUGGAAUGAACUGGAACAUCAACUGAUACAAAUACCCUUGACAAAUAGGCAGAAAUUUCCACAGACAAACUUCAACGUCUUGUGAGAAGCCUUCAGAGGAUUGGCUGUUGUUAUAGCUAAAAAGAUCACAAUGUCUAUUUUAAUACCAUUUGUUUUGGUCAGGUGUCCAAAUACUUUUGACCAUAUAGUGUAUAUAAUAUGUGUAACAGGUCACAUGUUUGAAUGGGCGCAACAUGUAAAUGAUGCAAAUUUGGGAUAUUAUUGGUGAAAUCGCUUUAGCUGUUAUCUCAAGCACUUUACCAUGAAUGCAACAACAAACAGUAGUUUUAUUUUCUUUGUGGCUUAUUAUAACAAAAGUCUGUCAAAACCGUGAUGGCCCUAGUGAGUCUCCUCUCAUAUGUGUGAACGUGUGAUUGAAACUUCACAUACUGUCACUUUUACCAAGGUUGAAAGAAUGAAUUGAAAAUGCUUUCGACUUUAUUUGGUUAUUAUGUGAGGAUUCUACUUUACAGCCUCUCUCAAACUCACACAAUCAACCUGAACAACACUGGCGCUUGCACCGUGUGUGUGUGUGUGUGUGUGUGUGUGUGUGACGAGCCAGAGGUGGCACUUCACAUGCGCCCUCAUCCAUCCUCCAUGAACGCUUACUUACCCUGACUAAUAUGAGUGUGUGAAAAUAAUAUGUAGAGUGUUUGGCUAUGUGUACAGUUGUAUAUUUGUUUGAGAGAAGAAUGAAUAUGAGGCAUUUUAAACAUGUCUCACUUUGUUAUUCACCCAUAUUGUAUAUUGUACUGUAUGAGUACUUCUGUUAUUCCUGCUAAUUUGAUCUUAAAAUUACCAAUAAA